AUGGCAGACGCAGGCGAGGAGGUGGAUUACGAGGGCCUGGGAGAGGGGUUUCCCUUGCACAUCAACAUGAUCGCGGGAGCACUGGCCGGCAUCAGCGAGCAUGCAGUCAUGUUCCCCGUAGACGUCAUCCGAGUGAGUGGCACAGCGUAUUGCGCAGCUCGGCGUGCCGCAAAGCAUUGUGGCUGGCUCGAUUUUCUAUGCCGCUCUGCUAGAGAUUACCAGCGCUUGGCUUGGCUUGACGUCGAUCACCUGCUAACCUUUCUAUGCUCGCCGCAGACCCGCAUGCAAGUACUAUCAGCAUCUCCAGCAGCCACCUACUCGGGUGUAACAGAAGCACUUCGCAGAAUAUCCUCGGCAGAAGGAGGAAGAGCGUUAUGGAGAGGUGUGGCGAGCGUGGUGAUGGGUGCCGGUCCUGCUCAUGCAGUGUACUUCGGAACCUAUGAGGUCGUCAAGGAGGCGACUGGAGGUAACAGGAGUGGUCAUCAGUUUGCGAGCACUGGUGAGUAUCAUGCUGGGCGAGCAGCAGCUUCAGCGCAAGACCGGAGUGGCGCACGACAUCCGCUACCACGACGAGCUUUGCGCUUCCACUUGCUUGCUGCUUCGCAAGACCGUGCUGCUGAAUGGGUCUCUGUUGCUGACUGACGCUGUCCUCGGGCGCUCCCAAACAGCAUUCGCUGGAGCUUCGGCUACUAUCGCUUCUGACGCAUUUAUGAACCCGUUCGAUGGUGAGAUGGCAGAUCUGGCAUUGGCUCGCCUUGAUGGGGAGAAUCGCUAACUCGCGAUCAUUUCACGUACUGUGCUGCAGUAGUCAAGCAAAGGAUGCAGAUGCACGGAUCCACGUAUCGAUCUGUGCUCACCUGCGCAUCUGAUGUCUACAAGCGGGAAGGUCUGAGGGCUUUUUACGUCUCAUAUCCAACAACGCUCGCCAUGACAAUUCCAUUCACCGCUGUACAGUUCAGCACCUACGAAUGGGCCAAAGAAGUUCUGAAUCCUUCAGGAUCUUACAGUCCCACCACACACGCGGUAGCAGGUGGAUUCGCAGGCGCUGUGGCUGCAGCAGUCACAAACCCUUUGGAUGUGGCCAAGACGCUCCUGCAAACGAGAGGCAACUCUUCGGACGCGGUCAUUAGGAAAGCCAGCGGAAUGGUCACAGCUUUCAAAAUCAUUCACGAAAGGGAAGGGCUCAAGGGCUUUGCACGAGGUCUCUCUCCGCGCGUUCUUACCUUCAUGCCCUCCAACGCUUUGUGCUGGUUGGUGAGUCCCAGAGCGAGGAGAUGAGAACCCGGCCAGCAUUCGUUCUGCAGCCCUGCUGACCAUGUUGACCAUGCUGACCUUCUCAGUCGUACGAGGGCUUCCGAUGGUUUUUGCGCGAUCAGACGAGAGAAAAGUUUGUCGGAUGA